AUGCUCAUUUAUUUACUUUAUCUAUUCUACUUUGCAGUUGCAGUAACAGUAGCAUUAUCCCUAUUAUUAUAUACAUAUCAAUGUGAAUUAUUAUAUGCUUCAGGCUUUCCAAGUGGUUCAAGGACAAUUGUGGCGAAACCAUCUCAAUAUGGUUUACCAGAUAAAGAAGUCAUAUUAAUGACAGAGGAUGGUUAUAGAAUUAGAGCGUAUGUUAUGAUACAGAGAGGUGAAGAAGUUGCUUUACAGUCACCUACUGUUGUCUGUUUUCAUGCUCAUACUGGAAAUAUGGGUCAUCGAUUGCCAAUUGCUCAAGUAUUUUAUAAAAAGCUAGGAUACAACGUAGUCAUGCUAUCUUAUAGAGGGUAUGGUUUAAGUGAAGGAAAACCAACCGAGAAGGGAUUAAAGAUUGAUGCACAGACUGUACUGGAAUACAUCAAACAGCAUCCAAUAUUAAAACAUACAAAAUUGAUUGCAUAUGGACAAUCAUUGGGUGGAUCAGUCGCAAUUAGUCUGGUAUCUAGAAAUGAAGAACAAUUUGAUGCGCUCAUUAUCGAGAAUACAUUUCUAAGUGUGCCUUUACUGGUGCCUCACAUAUUCCCUGCGUUAAGACAUUUGGUCUAUUUAGUACAUCAAACAUGGAGAUCAUACAAGACGAUUAAAUAUGUUCACCACGUACCCAUUUUGUUUUUAUCCAGUCAAAAGGACGAACUUGUUCCUCCAGGACAUAUGGCAAAACUAUACAACAUCUGUCAGACAAGUGGUGUUAAAGUGUGGAGAGCUUUUGAAAAUGGUACUCAUAAUGAUACCUGCAUGCAGAGCGGUUUCUUUGAGGCUAUUGCUGAAUUUGUACGCGAUAACGUUUGGAAUCUCGAUUAA